AGCUAUCGAACAGAAGUCGCACUCAGCUUGGCUCGCAAGUGUCGCAGGAAGCAACCUCACCUUUUCGAGAGCUUCGGCAAGCUUCAAGACUUCUGCUGCUUGGGUGGCAGACUGUGACGGAUCACCAAAUGCAAAAGUGUUGCUCCUGGCGAUGCAUGCUCGACCGGUGGCAUCAGAGAGCAUCCAUCCGUCCGGCCCAUGCAACGAGAGAAGGAGGCAGCUGGACAGCGACUGAUCAGCUCAGCCCAGCCCACUUUUUCCCUCUUCAGCCUAUUCUCACUAGUCGUCCUGCUCCGACACAGCCUUGGUCAGGCCUCUAGACUGGAUCCGAAACGGCUUGGCAGGCUCCCAUGGAUCGUGGGCCACAUGGGAGGUGCGCUGGCCCCAGAUGCGCCGUCCGGCUGCCUCUCCGGUACACCGUUCGAGAUUGCCCCUGAGCUCCAAGUCGCAUCGUUGCGCCGACUUCUCAAAGGAGACAAACGACUUGGCCCUCCAAGUCGAGCCGACGAGUUUGCACAUGGUGAGCAGCGCAAAGCCCGUCUCCACUGGUCCAUGGGCCCCUCUUCAGCACAACAGCUCUGUCAGCUGUUUCACAUCUACUUACACGCCGAAGCAUCCGCCAUUCGAGGCAAUGACGUGAUGAUGAGGUGAAAUGCCUUUCCGAUUGGCCGUCUGACGGUGUCGUCGGUGAUCUUCUCGAGCGGUAGGUGGUCUCGGCCCGUUGGAGGCACCGCAAGUCGAGCCUGGAGGCCA